UGGUCAGUAAAUAGGCAUGCACCGCGUGUCGCUGUACUCUGUACUGUACGACUCACUGCGGCCUCGACUGGCGCCGCGUGUGGCGCCGCGUUGCGCCGGCGGCACACAUGCGCUGCUGGUCAUGCCGGUGGGCCUCCGGCCGGGGCGCCAACGCACACGCCCCCCGUCCCUGCUGGCGCCGGCGCACGCCUCCUCCAGUGACCUGGUCGACCCCUGGCGGACAGCCCGCGAGUCACGCCGCACUGCAUGCUGCACGUGCAAGGUGCAAGUACCCCACGCUGCUCCCCGCAGUUGCUAUGGAGUCGAACAAUAGGGUCAGCGUGGCCAGGCCAGUACCCGCUGCACGGCCGGCGCCACGAGCGCCACCACCACCCCCGCCAGCUCCAGCCAGGACGACGCCCCCGCCCCGCCUCACUCCACCCCCAGGAUGCCCGGGCAUGACGGUGGCCGCCCACAGUGAGCCAUGUCCACAGACAACAAGGAGAAGGUCCGGAGGCAGCGCGCCGUCGCCAAGAAGGCCGUUCGCCCGGACGAGGAGUGGCCCGUCGCCAAACACCUGCAGCAGCAUCCCGGUGCGGAGGCAUCUCGCGACCUCGAGGAUGAGCUGGCCAGCAUGGAGACGGAGUUGGGCGAGAUGCAGCUGGAGCUCGCGCAGGUCCAGAAGGAGCGCGAGAUCCUCGAAGGGCAGCGACGCGUCCUCAAAGCCGUCGCCCCCACCGCCACCCGGCCGGACUCCAACCCAACCUGCACGCCAGCGGUGAGGGGCGGGGGAGAAGGGGAUUAUCUAAUACAGCUUCAGAUUGUUCUGGUUUCCAUGAUGAUGACGUGCUAA